AUUGUUUCUUUAAAGUUGCACUUGCACUCAUCGUGGGCCCUGUCCAUUGUUUGGGGGCUGAGGGAUUGAUAUAGAGGGACUGAGGGCGAGAGAGAGACGCGCAUUACCAGCACAUCUGCGGUGGAGUCAACUCUUCAACUCUUCAUAUCAGACAUGGGUUGCUAUGACUGCUGUAUGCGCUGUUUGGGCGGGGUGCCAUAUUGCUCCCUCAUCGCCAUGCUGCUCUGCUUCUCUGGCAUUGCCCUGUUCUGCGGUUGCGGUCACCAGGCACUUACAGAAACAGAGAGACUCAUCGAGACGUAUUUCGCCCGAAACCUUCAAGAGUACAUCACUCUUGCCUACGUCAUUCAGUAUUUCCAGUAUGUCAUCUAUGGUUUGGCCUCCUUUUUCUUCCUCUACUGUAUCGCGCUACUGGCUGAGGGCUUCUACACCACAAAUGUUGCCAAGCAAACCUUCGGAGAGUUCAGGAGCACAAUGUGUGGCCGCUGCCUCAGCUCCUCGUUUAUAGUGAUGACGUACGUUCUUGCUGUGCUGUGGCUUUUGGUGUUUGCCUUCUCGGCCUUGCCGGUCUACUUCUUCUACAACAUGGAAGCAACUUGCCGCGUUGUAGACAUUCUGACUGAGACGCCAGCAAGUAUCAACCAGCUCUGUGUUGAUGCAAGGCAAUACGGACUCUUGCCAUGGAAUGCAAUACCAGGAAAAGCUUGUGGUAUGACCCUGUCCAAUAUUUGCAAAACCAGAGAGUAUCAGACGACCUAUAACCUGUACAUUGCUGCCUUCGCCGGGGCUGGCGUCACUCUCUUGGCUCUGCUGACCUAUACUGUGUCAAGCACCUAUAACUUUGCCGUUCUGCGGUAUCUUGGGAGAAAGGGCAUAGGUGGAAGGUGUUAGGCACCCGGCUUCCUGUCCACUCAGUCACCACUCUGACAUCUACAAGGGGAUCUGAAGGGAACGGCGACACCUUUAUCCUUUCACUUCACCUGCACAGAACUACCUAUGGUCAUGGACUUUAGAAGAUACUAUUUUAUCCUACUUUUUAUAAGAAUUUGUAUGUUUUCUCUCUGUUUCAAUUGACGCUGUGAUUUAAAGCAGGCCUUAUAUUCUUUGUUGCAUCACUCCGAUGUUUAUCUCUGCCAUCAGUUGCAGACAAAUCAUAACAGAGUACUAAUUUACUAAAACAUAGGCUAAAAAAAUCCUAUAGCAGCAUACAGCUGCUGAGCAGAACAAGGGAUUAAAGGUUAGUAUGGCCACCACGCCUCACAUCUGGUUGCUAUUGGAGUAGACAAACAGUCUAGCGGUCUCACUCUGACCUCGGGACUUUUCUCACGGGCGGGAGAAAAAAAAGCAACAAUGGAGUCAUGCCAGUUAGAAAAUCGAGCCAAUAAGGAGCCUCUGCUAGGGGCCACCUGCACUGCGAGUCUCUGCAAGAGGGGUUGUAUUACGUCUCAAAGGAGAGGGCUCUCUGGACAAAGACAGGGUUAAAUUUCUGUGACCAUCCUGUAGCCUUGCUUCAAACGGAGGCAAUAAAUGGCUUCAGAGAUUAAUUUCAGAAUUGUUAGAUCUGGUAAGGUCUGUAAAUGUUUCUCAAUGUGGGAUGGCUAAAGCACUAGGUGCUUAAUUAUAAAGUAACUUCCUGAUAUCACAACAAAAUGUUUCCUGCUUAUUAUGACUGAGUUUUGUUUUUAAUGAUAAAAGAAUUGCUUUGUUUUAAUCGUUAGCAAUUUUGUUGUAGUUAUUGUAUAACACAACUUAACUAAUUGUAGCUGAAUUUACUAAAACAUUUCUAGUGACGUCAGAAGUUUACAUACACAUCUGCCGUAUAAAUUUUAGCCUUUUGAUGAUGCAUUUGAACUUUUUUUCAGGAUGUUAUUAUACAGAAAAUUACAUUAAUACAUUAAAUAAUUGUUUAGUUAGUGUCCUAGAAUGAGCUUUAAGUUUUUUUCAGUGACUUCUCAACAGGGUUGAGGUCAGAGCCAUUCCAGAAGCUAUGGGUUAACCUGCUUUAUCCGUUCCAAAACCAGUUGUGCUGUAUGUUUGGGGUCAUGUUCUGGGUGAAACAUCACAUUCUGAUAGACUUUCACGCAUCUGAACCAGAC